UAUAUUGUGGUGAAGAGGAGUGAGAAGCAGCAGCAGUGUGCAGGUCUACAGCAACAUGAAGCUCCUGGUGGUUUUGUCUCUUGCUUGGUGCUGCAGUGCAGCGCAGUAUGUGAUGCCCCUCUCAUAUAUGGGGUAUCCUUUUGGGCAGCAAUACGGCUCCAGAGACAUGUACGGUUAUUCUACCUUCGGCUACCACGGUAUCAACCAGAACCGCCAUGAGUUCCGCCACCCUGAUGGCCGUGUUGUUGGUCAUUACUCCUACAUCCAACCCGACGGUAAGCCCGCUGUUACCUUCUACGAGGCUGGUGCUGGUCAAGGCUACCGCGUCAGGUCAAAUGUCCUUCCCGUAGCAGAGACUGCAGAGCUGAGCGCCCCUGUGGACAACCUAGUUGCCCCAGAACCCGUACAAGAAACCCCUGAGGUUCUUCAGGCUCGGGCAGAGUUUCAAGCCGCGUUCGAUGAGGCCAAGUCCCGCCCUGUGGAAGAACCAAGCGCUCGCAAGAAGCGUCAAGUGACUUUCUUAACCUCCCCCGUCACCUCCGCCGUCAAUGUUAAGACCGGGAGAAGAUGACAAGACUACUGCUAUUCAAGUCCCAACCCCCAUGGUCUACUCAUAUCCAUUCAGCCCCCUCACGAAUUACGCAUCGUUCCCAUAUGCUUACCAUGGCUACCCCUACUACAUAAACCCGUUCGUUCCCAAGACUGAGGAGGUAAAGGCCGAGCCUAAGCCUGAGGCUGAGGCUGUCGUGGAGGCUCGUCGUCGUCGCAGAGAGGCACAGUAUGUCUUCCCUCUCAAGUACACUGCAGACAAAUGCCAAGUUCAAGACCCAGGAGUUCGAGAAGAUUGAGUCCGACACUCCCGCUGACACCACCAAGAUCGAACUUAAGGAAAAGGAGUACAAGUUCCCUUCCAUGUAUUAUCCAUACUCUGCCUACACUCCUUACUCUGCCUUACUCCUUACGUUUUCAAUCCUGCCAUCCCCUACUCUGCUCCAUUCCCUUUCCCUCUCAUUCCUGCUCCCGUUAAGAAGGAGUAGGACCUCGCGCUAUCAACACUCUCAUUCCUUAUGACAGCAAUUCAUUUUGAAUAAUAUUAUUUGUAUGUAUGUAUGAGGUAUGCGUUGGUGUCACUGAGUCGUUCGUAUACAGCUGCGACAGACGCGUCUUUGACGUAGCUCGUGUAGCUGUCACACAUGUCUCUUUCACACUGGCUGCCUCAUGUAUGCCUCUAAUAUUUUGGUGUAGCUGCUAUCUUCGUUGCUGGUGCACCCAUAUCUGUGAGCGAUGUCUGAAACUCUGAGUUCUCUGACCAAUAUUGAUCUGCAAUAUAAAAAAAUAUAAUAAAGAAUAAUAGCAAA